UAUGUGCUAAAGGUGUCCCGCCUUCCCCACCCUACUGUAUAUUGCGCAUAUGAGUUAGUUCGUGGCUACAUCGGCAGUGAGCAUGAGGUUUAUUACGUAUCUGAGGUUUCUGUGACGUAUUGAACUGUCUGUAUGUCAUAACAAUACCCAUUAUGCUACGUAACAAUGUUUAAUAAUGGAUCGCAUUAUUUAAAUCGAUUGAACGAUCAUCAUGUUUGUGAUUGGUUAAUACAAGAUGACGUUGAUUGAUGGGCGGGGACAUGAGAGGCCCGGGUUCGAAUCCCAUCAGUUACGGUCCGUUUGCAAUUAAUCCCCACGAGGAUUGAAAUAUUUUGAUUAUUACCGUUAUCUGUCAGUGUUUCCCGUUUAUUUUUUGCUUAUCUGUUCUACGUUUGGUUGGUAUUUAUAAACUAUAUCUGGAAACACUUUUCUGGUAAAAUUUACCGAUUAUUUGUCGUUUAUUCGAUAAAAUUUGAAGCUAAACUGAAAAUAUGACGUUUAUACUAGAAAACCUGGGUUUAAUGGGGUAAUAAUGAGCAUUGUUUACGUUCUUAUUAAAUCAUUAUGAAUAAUUAAAGCUAUUGUCACCGUGACAAUGAGAAUUAAUGACGUAUCCAUUGGGAAUUGUAUUUAUGUUGAAUCUAGAAUGUUAUUUCUGGUUCCGUAUUAAUAAUGUAUUGUGUUUGAAUGCCAGAUCUUUUACAUAGAUAUUGUGCGUUUGAACUGCAGUCGUUUUUCCAGACGAAAAUUGCUCGUUAGUCCAGAUUUUUAACCAAAAUAAUUUCUUUUUAGUUUUAAAUUAGGAAUAAUGAACGUGACGUUCGUGACGAUUUUCGCGUUGCUGUUUUUAGGUUUUCCCGCCAAAAAUUCUUCUCGGAAGUCUAGCGCCCCCACGUGGAACGUUCCGGUGCCAGUGUCUUCCGAAUUAACAGUAGAGGGAAUAUAUGGGACCAAAUAUGGCCGGUGCGCUUAUGUUGAGUUAUCUAUCGCUACAAGAGGAUGCGAAUCUACUUUCUAUCGGGAUCUUAUAUUGAACCCACAGCAAAGCUGCACACCACUAUUUGCUGCAUUAGAAGAAUGUAAGAGUCGCAAACGAAGAUAUUGUUUCGGUGGGGCAACUAACAUUGUGAAUGAAGGGGUGUAUAGUGAAAAGUUGAAAAGAUAUUCACAAGAUUUCUAUUGCAACCAAGGAGCCUUGUCCAUACCAAGCACUAGGCACCCUGUUAAUUACUGCAACGUCGAUUACAAGCGGUCUUUACGGCCAUGUUUUCGUACAUUUCAUCAACUUUUCCGAAAUGACCCCAAAAAUCCGAAAAUCUGUGGUGAAUUUCUUCGUGCACGAAAGUGCAUGAUGGACCUGCAGGACCAGAUGUGCGACUAUGGGGCCGACUUGGAAGUCAUGCAGCAAGCCACAAGGCAACUGUAUAGAUGUUGGAACCCAUUCUGCUUGUGGGGCCAGUACCGCGCCCCUUACGAAUGGUACCAAGAUGGGUGGAAUGGUGAACGAGGGGUUCCCAAGGAUUGCGCAAGAAACACGGCGUCCCUGGUCGACGGGCUGAUGGGUGGGGACUUGAACCAAGACACCUCUGGUUCGGUGAAUGAGUUCCCGACGAAAACAAUCGCUAUUAACAACCAGAAACCGAAGCGUUUGUGGUCGAGAGAUGUUUUGCUCAUCACGACACCUAGUGGUUGUGGUGAUGUCAUCAAACCAUAUAUGGUGUGGCUGGCGUCGUUAGUUGUAUUGCUCAUAUACUAGGAGUUAAUGGAGAGGUUGUAACAUUAACAGACACCACACAUAGCGACAAUCGUCACCUUUGAAUCGGGUUUCUUUAUCUUCGCUUCUUUAGCUUGAG